AUGACCGCGAGAUGCUACAACGAGCAAUGGCGGUUGCUACUAGUGAUGUCGAGACAAAGCUGCAACUUGCAUCGAAAAAGCUGGGACCGGCCACGGGCACAGCUGCAACCAGCAUCGACAAAAGCUGCAAUGGUGGCGACUAGGGGCGAGCCCAGUGAUACAACCGGCAAUGCCGUUUGCUACGACCGAUGUCAACAAAUGCUGCAACCAGUCACGGUGCUGAAACACCCUAGGCAGCGGUCUGCAAACGAUUACAACGGUGCUAUGAUCGCGGUCGGCGGGAGCUGGGACCGGCAUGGCCGUGCCUCGGCGGCGAGGCUUGACAACCAAGGCCAUGGCGGUGCCCUGGCAGCCAUGGCGACACCCCUCGCGAGGAGCUCGACGACCAUGGCCAAGGCGAUGGGGCGUUGGAAUGGCGUUGCAGGGAUGGCGUGCUGCGGGGCGUUAUCUUCAUUACUCCUUUGGAUCCAUAUUAAUUAUCGCCGAAUUAGUAUAAAAUUAGUACAAAGUUAUUGUCAGGACUCUGCUUCUCUGCAAUGCCUAACUGAAGAAGGAAACAGAAACUCUGAAGAAAUCAACACCGCGCUCGAACCGUUAUGCACUUGGGAAAUGGACGACCCAGAUGAAGCGUUCUGGCGAUCAACGGCUACCCAGCUCUCCUGUUCACAGUCACGCCAUUGCCGCCACCCACUGGACAGCUAUAGUAACGGAACGGCACGCGACAGCGACUCUACCUGCUCCGCCAGCUAUUAA